AACCCACUGAGACACCCAGGCGCCCAGGGAAGUACUAUUAUUAUCUCCAUUUUUCAGAUGAGAAAAUCAAGGUGCCGUGACAUGAAGUAAAUGGCACAAGGUCAUAGCUAGGAAGUGAGUGAGGCAAGACUGGAAGCCAGAUAGUUUGGCUUCAGAGAUGGGACACUUAGCCACAAUGCUACACUGAUUGUCUGAGCCUCAGGUUCCUUUUCUGUAAAAAAGGAAUAUAUAUAACAGAACACGCCUCACAGUGUUGACAUGAAGUUUGAGUUAACACAUGUAAAGAGCUUAGGAUACUGCCUUUUACUGAGGCAAGUCCUCAGUAAACAGGAACUAUCAUUUUUAUUUAAGGGAAACUUUAUCAGUCAGACUGUCCAGAGAUGGUCUAGAAAGGAGUUAGUGACUGCCUAGUCCAGAGAUAGGGAAGAAUCCCCUGGAAAUUCUAGGGAGAAUUCAAGCCACGGGGAAGGUUAGGCCUCAUGCCCUUUAACUCACCUUCCAGCCCCAGCACUUAGUGGGAAAAGUGAGGGGGGGGGGUGGGAAACAAACCAAAACAAGCUGAGGCUGGAACAGAGCUGUGUGGGGUUGGGGCCAAAAACCAUAGGGGAGAUACAGGAAGAGCUUCCUGGGGGACGUGGGGCUCAAAGAAAGACUUGGUGGGCUUUGUAAUAGCCAGGAGGAACCUGGGAGCUUGCAUGGUGUGCUGGAAGUCAUGAGAAGUUACUGAGCAGGGGACAAAGUAUGACAUGAUACCUAAUGAAGAUUCUGGCUGCCUGUACACAUGGCGUUUUUUUGUGUCUAGGGGCGGGAGACUGGGGAAGGGCCACUAGGCAGAAAGGUACUGUCCAAGAUUCAGCCCGUGCCAUUUACCCCAAGGGCUCCUGUGGGGCCUGACUUGGAAGCCACCAACCCCUGAGGUAUACAGAUGAGGAAGCAGGCCUAGAAAGGAGCACUCGACUCGGGCUCCUUCUGCCCAGACUAGCUUCGGGACACACCUGGCUCCCACCACAGCCUACAGCAGCAUCCUUACCCCCCACACUGGCCGCCCCUGCAGCUGCUGCGAGUGCUCCCUAAGUGGAUCUGCCCAUAAUCCUCUUCUUUUCAUCCCCUUGGGAGGAUGAGCUGGUGUUAAGACUAAUGCAGCCAUUAAUCCUAUUUCCUCCCAGCCGUGAGCCCCAGGAGCCACUGGGUGGAAUGAGAAAGAAUGGGCCUUAGCUAGAGCGGGUGCCCCGGGACGCCAGGCUAAAUCAGAUGUAUUGAUUGUGACUGAGACACAUCUAACUGCUAGCAGCUCCAGCUGCCCGGAGGGUAGUGAGUUCCCCGUUACCAGAGCUAUGGGAACAGGAGCCCAACAGCGAUUCCGGAGCAGAGGGCGGACCAGGAUUCCUGGCUGGGGUGGAGUCCCUUACAGCUGUGCAAGGCCAGAAUUCUGUGUGAAAAGUUGCUGCCUCUGACUAACCAGAGGGGAAAGACCGAGUACAUGCGCUGGGGACCUGUCACUUCAGACAGACGGCGCCGGUCGCCAGUUAGCCCACUAAUUCUGCCUUCUUCGGGACCUGCCUCUGCCUUCCCUGGGAACUUGGCCGCCUUCAGGCCGGGCCCACAUCCGGGUAACCUCUGUGUCUGCAGCCCUGCACGAGACCUUGUGCCCUGGCACAGGCCUUAGCCGCUGAGCUGCAGGAGGAUGGGGAGAUGGACGGAGCCUGGGCCUUCUGGGAUGCUUCAGCCUUUGGAGAAGCUCAGGGGCUGGGGAAGAAAGUACCGGUGGACAUUUGAUGACGCCAGCCCCCUCUCUCGGCCCCUCCAAGGUUACCUGGUCCAACUUCUUCCAUCAAUGAACAGCCCAGAGAGGAAACGCCAGUUCAGAGCGUGAGAGCCAGGAAUGUUUGGAAGGAGAGAUAGGACCCUCCCUGGUGAGACAAAUGCAGAUAAGACAGAGUCCCCGUUGAGGCCUUAGCAAGGAGAGGCCUUAGAGAACGCCAAAGGGACGCGGUUGGUGUCUUAACUCUGCUUCUUUCCUAGAGAAGCUCCAGCCUUGGAAGCCAUGGAGGUGGGGUCUGCGGAGGCCCGGUCCCCAGCGCCCGCUGCUGCCCCCGCCCCCGCCCCGGGCUACAAGCGCUCCGGCCGGCGCUACAAGUGCCUGUCCUGCACGAAGACAUUCCCAAAUGCGCCUCGGGCCGCGCGUCACGCGGCCACACACGGCCCCGUAGACUGCGCAGAAGAGGUGGCGGAAGCCAAGCUGAAGCCAGAGACAGAACCCAAGGCCGAGGAUGCUGGCGGGGACAAGGUGUCAGGCGCAUCGGCCAAGCCUCGGCCUUACGCGUGCCCGCUGUGCCCCAAGGCCUACAAAACGGCACCCGAGCUGCGCAGUCAUGGCCGCAGCCACACUGGCGAAAAGCCCUUCCCUUGCCCCGAGUGUGGCCGCCGCUUCAUGCAGCCCGUGUGCCUGCGUGUGCACCUGGCCUCCCAUGCCGGCGAGCUGCCCUUCCGCUGCGCUCACUGCCCCAAGGCCUACGGCGCGCUCUCCAAGCUCAAGAUCCACCAGCGCGGUCACACGGGCGAGCGGCCCUACGCUUGCACCGACUGCGGCAAAAGCUUCGCCGACCCCUCGGUGUUCCGCAAGCACCGGCGCACACACGCCGGCCUGCGGCCCUACGGCUGCGAGCGCUGCGGCAAGGCCUACGCGGAGCUCAAGGACCUUCGCAACCACGAGCGGUCCCACACCGGUGAGCGCCCCUUUCUCUGCUCCGAGUGCGGGAAGAGCUUCUCCCGCUCGUCCUCGCUCACGUGCCACCAGCGCAUCCACGCGGCGCAGAAGCCGUACCGCUGCCCGGCCUGCGGCAAGGGCUUCACGCAGCUCAGCUCCUACCAGAGCCACGAGCGCACGCACUCGGGCGAGAAGCCCUUCCUGUGCCCGCGCUGCGGCCGCAUGUUCUCCGACCCGUCGAGCUUCCGGCGCCACCAGCGCGCGCACGAGGGCGUGAAGCCGCACCGCUGCGAGAAGUGCGGCAAAGACUUCCGACAGCCGGCCGACCUGGCCAUGCACCGGCGGGUGCACACGGGGGACCGGCCCUUCAAGUGCCUGCAGUGCGACAAGACGUUCGUGGCGUCCUGGGACCUCAAGCGCCACGCGCUGGUGCACUCGGGCCAGCGGCCGUUCCGCUGCGAGGAGUGCGGGCGGGCCUUCGCCGAGCGCGCCAGCCUCACCAAGCACAGCCGCGUGCACUCGGGCGAGCGCCCCUUCCACUGCACGGCCUGCGGGAAGUCCUUCGUGGUCUCGUCCAGCCUCCGGAAGCACGAGCGCACCCACCGAAGCAGCGAAGCCGCAGGGGCGCCCCCACAGCAGGAGCUGGUCGUGGGGCUGGCCCUGCCCGUCGGCGUGGCGGGCGAGGGCUCCACCGGCCCCGCGGCGGGCGCAGCGCUAGGGGACCCCCCAGCAGGGCUGCUCGGGCUGCCCCCGGAAUCGGGCGGGGUGAUGGCCACCCAGUGGCAGGUGGUGGGCAUGACGGUGGAACACGUGGAGUGCCAGGAUGCUGGGGUUGGGGAGGCUCCUGGUCACCUGGCGGGGGCAGGCGAGGUGGGGGCAGAGGAGGUGGACGAGAAGCCGCCGCAGUUUGCCUGCCGCGAGUGCAAGGAGACCUUCUCCACGCUGACGCUGCUGCGGCGGCACGAGCGCUCGCACCCGGAGCUCCGACCCUUUCCCUGCACCCAGUGUGGCAAGAGCUUCUCUGACCGGGCAGGGCUGCGCAAACACAGCCGCACCCACAGCUCUGUGCGCCCCUACACCUGCCCCCACUGCCCCAAGGCCUUCUUGAGUGCCAGUGACCUGCGCAAGCACGAGCGCACCCACCCUGUGCCCAUCGGGACCCCCACGCCCCUGGAGCCCCUUGUGGCUUUGCUAGGAAUGCCUGAGGAGGGACCAGCUUGAGGCCCAUGCCCCCUCCACCUCACGGCCAGGAGCCCAGACUAUACAGGGUGCCUCCUGAACCUCUCUGCCCCUGCUUUUUAGACUCCAGAUUCCUGUCCCCCGGGCAGCUAGCUUUCCUUGCCAGCAAAGAGUUGGGGGACAGAGACACGUGUCCUCUGAGCAACACUCAUUAAAACAUUCACUUUGA